AAUCCCUGCCUUCCAGAAACCUACAGCCCAAAUCAUGUGACUCAUAAGGGGACCUAUUUCCCUCUCUGCCCCAAUCCAACAGACAACAUGAACAGAGGAGGCUCAAAGGUUAGCGUAACCACUGUGACAUGGUUGCAGAGCACCCAUGCCCUCACCAGAUGCUGUGGAAAUGCCUUGUGUGUACAAAGGGCAAGGCAGGACACCUAAGUACCCUGUUCAGAACUUUCCAGAAAACUAAGAGGAAAGUCAUUAGGCGUUUUCAAGAUUGGCUUCUAUGGAGAACUUAACCAUCCAGGAUUUUUCUGUGGUUAUAGUAACAUACUGGUUUUUGUUUUCACCCUAUCCUGUUCUGCAAGCUGCAAACCAGAGCAUCUCCUUGAAAUGUUGGAAGGGUAGGGCUGUGUGAGAUGGGUCAGUGCAGGGAGGGUGUAAAAUGACAGAGGAUUUUGAUUCUUCAUUGAGGUUUGGAGAUGAAUGGAGAGAUGGGCAGGGACCUGGGGAAGAUGAACAGAAGCCUGAUGCUCUGGGGCAGUUUACUUAGUCUUUUGAUGAAUGGGCUCCUAGAUCUGACCUUUGAGCUUAAGAGAAAAUGACUAGGAAACAUUGAUUUCAGCUUGGAAGAAUGUUGUGGGGAAUUAUGCUCUGGUGCAAGGGUGGGGAAUGUGGUAAGUAGAUGUUGUCUGUGGAACACUAUUCAGGACCUCAGUUGAGUUUGGCUGCAUUUAGUUUUGAAAUGUUGGGAGAAAGGAAAAGCAGAAGAGAUGCUAGAUGGACUGAGUGAAGAUAACACAUGCGGGAGUCAGGUGGUGAUGGGGUAUCUUGCUUAAGAGGAGAUUGUAUGAUUAUAUCUGACCAACGAUUGCUUGCUCAUGGGUGGGUCUGGAGAAACUCUAUUAACUAUUUAUUGUGUGUAGUUUGAUUUAGUUACUCAUAUCAAAUAAGCAGUAUUAUAAAUAAAAUUGCCCUUGGUGAUUCCAGUAUCACUUGAGAUCAGAUACAUUCACUUGCCUGUUGAGGAGAAAUGCAGUGAAUGCCAUGCAGAGCCUUGGAAACCAAGCUGGUGGGGGAAAGGCAUCCUCAUACCAUGAGUUUUACCGCUGCUGGGUCAGGACGGGGCCUCGUAAGAUCUCAGAGAACAUGCAGCAGUGGUUUGUUGGAGAAAGCAACAAGGAUCGUGGGGAGGCCAAGAGAGAAGAAUGAGUGAGAAAGGCAGCCAGCGAAACAGACAGACUACCCCAGAGUCCUUGAUCAGGGUGUCCUUAGGGAGCGGAUGAGGGAGGGAGAAGCUAGGUGGAGGAAGGUUUAGUGAAGGGCUCCUUGAGGCCUGAGUGAACUGAUGAAAAGGCAAAAGAGUGACUCCAGUACCUUCCCGCAGGAGAAGGGUGUGGAUCUAGGGGCAGAGAGUAAGCUAUCAGCCUUCACAAUGGGUGAUCCCCUCUAUGAGUUUCUCUGAGAGCAUGGGCUCCUGGUGACAAGGACACCAUCCCCUGCCACACAUCUGUGUGCAACAAGGAUCCCGUGAACUCGGAAUUCCUUAAAAUAGAACACAUGUGGUCCCAUCACAGCAGAUGCAAUGAGGCACCACAGUGGCCCCCGUUCUCAACCCCCUUGGCAAAGCACGUCAGCCUCAGCUUCACUCUUGAGCAGUGAAUCUCCAGGAGUUCUGGGCUGGGUUGUGGAAACUGAAACUAGAUUUUCAAAAGCUGACAGCUUAGGGAGCAGCUGUGACCUCCAAGUUCGGUUCCUGAUUCUGUGUUUCUUUCUCCCUCCUCCUUUAGAUCUCGGUGUGUGUGGGCGUCUCCUCAGCUGGCAGCCCUGCUGUGCCCUGCAGUUGACAUCCAAGGUUUUGACUGUGUGGGUUUGUGUCUUUCCGGCAGGUGUCUCCUCUGUGACUUCCCUGAUGUCCCUGGCUUGGGUGCUAGCCUCCUAUCACAAGCUGCUGCGGGACUCCAGGGACGACAAGAAGAGUAUGAGCUACAGAGGGGCCCUCAUCCACCUCUUCUGGCGCCUCUUCACCAUCUCAUCCAGAGUUAUCUCUUUUGCCCUCUUUGCUUCCAUCUUCCAGCUCUACUUCGGGAUCUUCGUGGUGGUUCACUGGUGCGCCAUGGCCUUCUGGAUCAUCCAUGGCGGAACAGACUUCUGCAUGUCCAAGUGGGAGGAGAUCCUCUUCAACAUGGUGGUAGGGAUUGUGUACAUUUUCUGCUGGUUUAACGUCAAGGAAGGGCGGACUCGAUAUCGAAUGUUUGCAUAUUACACGAUAGUCUUGACCGAGAAUGCUGCCUUGACGUUCCUUUGGUAUUUUUACAGAAACCCGGAGACCACUGACUUCUAUGCGGUGCCAGCACUGUGUUGUGUCUUUAUUAGCUUUGUGGCUGGGAUCGCACUGAUGCUCUUAUAUUAUGGUGUGCUGCAUCCCAUGGGGCCACGAGCUAAGAUCUUUGCCAGCUCCUGUUGUGCCGAGCUGCUCUGGGGCAUCCCUUUGCCCCCCGAUGUUGAGCCCAUGGCGCCUCAGACCCCUGGGUACCGGGGGACCCAGGUCACGCCUACCAGAGCCGUAACGGAACAACAGGAGGAUCUCACGGCUGACACUUGCUUGCCCGUUUUCCAAGUGAGACCCAUGGGGCCCUCCACCCCGUCGGGGCGUCCUUACCACCCAGAAGGGCCCCUCAUUAAGAUUGACAUGCCAAGGAAGAGAUACCCAGCUUGGGAUGCUCAUUUUGUAGACAGGAGGUUGAGAAGGACUAUUAACAUUCUGCAGUAUGUCACCCCCUCCGCGGUAGGCAUUCGGUAUCGAGAUGGACCGCUCCUUUAUGAGUUGCUACAGUAUGAGUCUUCACUCUAAGAGCGUCUUGACCCAAGUUGAGAAGGGGACCUUAAGUUGGUUUGCGGUUAACACCGCUUGCAAGAAAUAUAACCCUCCCUUCUCCCAAUACACAAAAUCACAACCACCACCACCAUCACCACCUCCACCACCACCGCUACAAAAAAAAGAAAAUAAUACGUCACAACCCCUUCAGAUAAGCUUUCUUUCCAGUCGCUGUAUGUAUACAAAGAUAUUCUCUAUGUUUUGUAAGUAAAAACAAAAAGAAGACCUUUCUUUUGUUUUUUACACAUAAGAAACAGUAUUGAAAAUCCCACACUAUUGUUCAUAGGGUGGAGAAGGAGGAGCUGUCUCCACUCCAAAAGAAAAAAAAAUGUUUUAUACCUUACACCAAGUGUAGAUCAUUUAUGGGAUUGGUGCUGAUUGAAAGAACAAAACAAACGAAACAAAACAAAAUAAAACAAACACAAACAAACCUUCAACUGCCUUAUGCCCUUAGGUGCUGAGUUUCAUUAAGUACUGUCACGUUUUUCUCACGCAAAACUCUCUGGUGGUUUUGGCACCAAGAGAGGGGAAAUUAAACAAUCAAAUGAAACAAAUCUAGAAACGAAAACGAAAACCAACCAACAAAUAAAACACAAAGCAAUUAUUCUUCCUAUCUGACUAUUUGUAUUGAAGAAAACAAAUUCACCAAAAGCAAAGGCAUAGAAACCCCAAUUUCUGUUCCGUUUCACUCCUUGCUCUCCCGUCCCUGUCCCCAGAUUAACAGCACCUUCUAGGAGCCAAAUGGCCAUUUGGAACUCAAAUGGCUGGGAAAGCUCCUUGAAGGUUGAUCUUGUGCCAUUUACCAUUCACCUAGUUCGGAUCACAUUUGUUUCCUGGUGAAAAGCAAAACAGAAUAAAACAAACAAACAAACAAAAACCCCACCCCAAUCAUUCAAUGAGAACAGGAAAUUCUAAAGCAAAUUAAAGAUUUCCAUCUAUUUAAUCAAAGAAAAUCAGUAAUAAUAAAACUCAGCAUAGUAGCAAAAAGAACAACAUCAAUUUAAAGGCACAAUACUUAAUCAGUGACUGGCAAAAAAACGAUUUUGGUCUGUCCUUUUAAGGCCGUGAAAGGUAUACAUUUAUCACACGUGAUAUUGUGUAAGGCCUCUUCUGUUUCCAUUUGGUGGGAAGCCUUAAAUUGAUCUGGAAAGAAUUCUUCAUUCUUCAUUUGUGUUUUUUAAAAAUAUUAACACAGAGGAAAAUUAGAUUAUAUAUAUAUAUAAAAAAACCACCAUGUCAAAUUGAAUAACUGACCCAUUUCAAAGACUGUUUGGUGCUUCUGUCUUUCACCAUUGUGGUUGGCUGAAACUCAUUCAGCUCACUUGGUGCAUCUGGGGUGAGUGGGAAAUUGUGUGUGUGUGUGUGUGUGUGUGUGUGUGUCCACAGCACACGUAUAUUUGUGUGUAUGUGUCUGCUGCAAGGUCUUGCCAGAAAUGUGGAAAACUGCUCUAAGGCAGACUCUGGGUAUGCUAAGGUGGAGUGUAAGAGGGCUAGGGAGGGGGGAGCAGGAAGGAGGGGGUGGUGCUGGAAUAUGAGCCCCUGUCUGGAUGGCGAGACUCACACCAGCAGCAUAUUCUGGGUCUUAGAGGCCGUGUCAUUUGGGUGAAGAUUUAUUAUUUUUCUCAUUGUACCAAAUUGAAUUUUGAGAGGUGUUGCAAUAUGUUCAAUCAUUUUUUAAAUGUUAUUUUUCAAAGUAUUGCUCCUGUAAGGAAUAUUCUGUUCUAGGACAUCGUUUCAAUCCCAUUGUAUUUCUACUUGGGCACCAAAAAAAAAAAAAAAAAAAAAAAGGAAAAGAAAAAAAUCACAAAAACAAAAAAUCU